AUGGAGCAAUCCACCUUGCAUCUGGGAGCCUUGAGCCAGCCAGGAGCCACAUUGGACGCUGACGCGAGUUGGGCCAUGGCAGUGGCAUUGUGCACCCCGAUUGAGACCCUCUUCGACUUGCAGCUUCGCAUCUCGAGGCUUUGCAUUCCACACGGCCGAGAGCGCCGAGCUCGCACUUUGCUCCUGCAGAGGGCCCGGCGAAGUGCAGCGGGCGCUGAGGCAAGCAGCGGCACUGCAGCUUCGGAAGGCAUCCAGAGGCUGUUCGCUUCAGUAUGCUCCACUCAGGUAGCGGCGGUGUCCCGAGAGCUUGUCGGGAUUGCCGACCUGGCUGCGCGUAAAGCCGUGCAGCGCGUGAUUGCCCGAGAACGCCGCGUGCAGCAUCGCAGCAUUGGGGUUCGGAUGUCUCUGCAAAGUCGGGCUGCCCCUGACUGUGUGCCGGCGCCAAUGGAGCAAUCCACCUUGCAUCUGGGCUUUGCAUUCCACACGGCCGAGAGCGCCGAGCUCGCACUUUGCUCCUGCAGAGGGCCCGGCGAAGUGCAGCGGGCGGCGGUGUCCCGAGAGCUUGUCGGGAUUGCCGACCUGGCUGCGCGUAAAGCCGUGCAGCGCGUGAUUGCCCGAGAACGCCGCGUGCAGCAUCGCAGCAUUGGGGUUCGGACAUGUUCGGACCCUCACCAGUGGAGGCAACGUCAAGCGAUGCCUGAUGAGCCGCACUGCGUGCAAGAUUGCUUGGCUUUCGUGAUGUCUCUGAAAAGUCGGGCUGCCCCUGAUUGGGUGCCGGCGCCAAUUGGGCACAUGCAGAAGAAAUCCACCUUGCAUCUGGGAGCUUUGAGCCAGCCAGGAGCCACAUUGGACGCUGACGCUUGUUGGGCCAUGGCAGUGGCAUUGUGCAUCCCGAUUGAGACCCUCUUCGACUUGCAGCUUCGCAUCUCGAGGCUUUGCAUUCCACACGGCCGAGAGCGCCGAGCUCGCACUUUGCUCCUGCAGAGGGCCCGGCGAAGUGCAGCGGCGCUGAGGCAAGCAAGGGCAGUGCGCCUUUGGGUAGCAUCCAGAGGCUGUUCGCUUCAGUAUGCUCCAGUCAGGUAG